AUGAAACUUCGUUCAAGGCUCAUAGAACAAGAUUCAAACGUAGAAAUGUCGCGGGGAAAAGGUUCCGAGGAAACCAUAACUGAGGAAACCGAUACUCCAGAGAGAACUAGAAUGCCUUAUUCUUCAGAGUCCGACGUUUCAAUGGUUGAUGUGCAAACUCACUCUGAUGUUACGAUGCAAUCAAGGGAGGAUGUUCUCGUCCUUGUGCACUGUGAUCUCAAAAAAGAGAAGGAUCCUGGCUCACAUUCAAAGGCCGGCAGAAAAAUUGGAAUAAAUGAUCCUUCUUUAGACGUCGCCAUGAAGAAUAUUAUAACCGGAGCUAUGACCUCUAUUUUUGCUUUGAACACUGAGCUAAAGUUUCGAGUUGAUGAGCUUACGCGUGAUAUCGCCACAAAAAAUAGUGACAUCGCCGCAAGAGAUAUUAAGAUCGCUGACCUAGAAAGAUGCCUCAAUGAAGCCGAAAGAAUCGUUAGGAGAAACUUAACGAAUAUGAAUUUUAUCAUUAAAAAAAAAAAGAAAGGGCAUUAUUGGAACGUUGCUUCUUUCUUGGGUACCAGCCCGUAA